GAGCGACCGGCCGAGGGUCCAAAAUAAACACCGUCACGUGUGUCCUGCUGGAGUAACGUGAAGUCCUGUGAAAGUGGAGGGUCUCGGUCCAAAAUGUCUUCUGAUCCUGUGGUGGAGCUCGGUUUUCUGGAGAAUAAGACCCCCGCUUGGAAGCUACGGUCCAAGUUUUUCCCAAGCAAGGUUGGAGGUUAUCCAGCAUGGUUAGCCCUAAAGGACCUGCCAAAUGGGCAACAGCUGACCUGCCGCAACUGCAGUAAACCAGUUGCAUUCCUGUGUCAGCUGUAUGCACCAUUUCAUGACAAGGAGGAAUGCUUUCACAGGACCGUGUUUGUGUUCAUCUGUCGGGAUGCAGAUUGCAGUAAAGAAAAUAAUGCUUCGAACAUUCGAGUUUUUAGAUCACAGUUACAGAGGAAUAAUGAAUUUUAUCCCCCAGACCCAGCAAAAGAUGCUGAACCUGGCUCAGAAAGUCCGGGAGCUGCAGAUUUCAACAAUCUCUGCAGAGUUUGUGGUGGAUGUGGGCCAAAGGUGUGUGGAGGCUGCAAAGUUGCCCGUUAUUGUUCCAAAGACCAUCAAGCUCUAGAUUGGAAAGCUGGCCAUAGGGAAGAGUGUAAGAACCCAGAAACUGUAAGCAAGGUGUCGUGUAAGGGGAAUGCCAAAUUUCUUUUCCCCGAGUAUGAAAUUGACAUGGAACCAGAGGAACUUGACGAGAGGAGGGAGAAGACGGAAGAAGAAGUAAUGCAAGAGUAUGAAACUUUAUUAAGGUCUGGCAGAGUAACAAGAGACCUAGAUGAUGAUGUUGAAAAGAAUGAGGAUGACCUUAUUAAGAUGGCCACAAAGGAAACUGACAAGCAGUUCCAGAAAUUCCGCACACGCAUCAAGGAAUAUUCCGACCAGGUUAUACGUUACGACCGUGGAGGAGAGCCUCUGUGGGUGUCGUUGGAAAACAAACCCCAGGAUAUUCCCCCUUGCCCAGCUUGUGGGGAGGCAAGAGAAUUUGAGUUUCAGAUUAUGCCACAGUUACUGGUGCAUCUGAAGGUUGACAGUCCUGGCCAGAGUAUUGACUGGGGAACAGUGGUUGUUUACUCUUGCAAGAACAGCUGUAGUCAGGAUAAAUAUUAUAUAGAGGAAGUUGCAUAUAAGCAAGAUUAUGCACCAAUAUCACAAGUAAUGAAGAAUCAUCCAGAAGUCAACAUGUAUUAGCUAUGUUUUGCCUUGUCUUGUGUAUGAUUGUCAUGUGUGUAUCUUGUGACUGUAUUAGCAGCAAAUGUGUAAAAUGAGUUUAACAUUAUGCAUUUGUACUUCACAAUAGUUAAAAAGGUGAAUAAAAAUUAAGAAAAUG